GUUGUGUUUUUAGUUUUUGCUCAAUACAGUAACUUCUUUCCACAACCAGUUUAAUGGUAAUUUUCCGCUUUUACCCAGGUUAGCCGGUUGGCUUCAAAUCUUUUUCUGCCUUUGUUCCUGGGUAUCCUUUCAGAUAACAUCCAUUCUUUUCAUAAUAUCCAACCACAUUCCUAAGUAACAGAAAAGCAAUUAUUGGCUCCACACCAAGUCUUUUUCUUACCUUUAUUUAUCUUCUUCUCUCAUUCCAUGGCACUGCAGACAUCCACCCUGGUCAGUCUCAUCUGUGUUCUUUUCCAGAUAUGCUUGAUCUUUUGCCUUUAACAACCACAUCUUACUACUUAGGAGCUCACUACUUACUCCUCACUUGGCUCAUUUCCUUGAUCUUUGUAACAUUUGAGUGUAUUCACUUCCAAACUAGUGUUCAUUUCAGCAUCUUCUCUUUUAAUUCUGUUUCACUUUUUGCUAUCAAUAUGAGAUCACCUGCAUACAGCAAGAAAUUCCAAGGCAGUGGAGACUCGUCAUUGGAGAAGGACUUUUCUGGAGCAGUCAUGGGGCCCACUGUGAGCACUCCAAAUAGCCAGCACUCAUCUCCAAGUCGAUCUCUAAGUGGUUUUGCUCCAAAUCUUUAAAUUUGGACACCCAGAUGUCCUCCUCCUCUAGAUCCGCCAGUUCAAUCUCAAUAUUCACUUGACUAAUCGGAUGUGUCUGCGUCAAGUGGCUUCAAGAUGAAGGAAAAUGUAGAUUUUUCUUUCCUGAAUUCCAAAAAUCGUAAGCAAAUUCCAUCAAGGUGGAAAUGUACAGUGAUGAAGAGCCAGGAAGACUUUUGCCUCAAGAUGAACGAAGUCAAGAGAGGGAAGAUGGUGGAAUGAUGGAUGAAGGAGGGCCUGAACAGGGAGGCUACUGUGACCAGUCAAACUCAGAACCUAUUUCCCCAGGAGCUAUUCGUCUCCCCAACGGCAAGCUCAAGUGUGACAUUUGUGGAAUGGUCUGCAUUGGCCCUAACGUUCUGAUGGUGCACAAACGUAGCCACACAGGAGAAAGACCCUUCCAGUGUAACCAGUGUGGCGCUUCAUUCACACAGAAGGGAAACCUCCUCCGACACAUCAAGUUGCACUCUGGAGAAAAGCCUUUCAAGUGCCCCUUUUGCAGCUAUGCCUGCCGUCGACGUGAUGCACUGACAGGACAUCUAAGAACACACUCUGUGUCAUCUCCAACAGUUGGGAAGCCCUACAAAUGCAGUUAUUGUGGUCGUAGCUACAAGCAGCAAAGCACACUGGAAGAGCACAGGGAACGUUGUCAUAGCUAUUUGCAGAGCUUAGACCCACAGCAGCCACCUCCUACUGGGCAGCCCCAGGAAGACAUGAGAGAUCUUGAGUUGAUGCCUGAUGCAAUGCUUCACUCAUCCACUGAAAGGAUGUCCUUCAUUGAUCGCCUCGCCAAUAGCAUCACCAAAAGAAAAAGGUCUACUCCACAGAAGUUUGUGGGAGAGAAGCACAUGAGACUUAACAUGUCUGAAAUCCCUUUUGAGAUGAACUGCAGCUUUGAGAAAGAUGAACUGAUAGGCUCCCAGCACAGUGGAGUCGGAGAUGCUGCUGGUUUUGGUGGAAGUGGAGCAUACCUGGGAGGAGGGUGUCCUGAGCCUCUUAGACCUCUGCGGUUGCCCCCACCUCAUUCCACUUGUCUCUCAGACAUGACUCCGGUUAUUAGCUCAGUAUACACUCAAUUGGCACCACUUCGAGCACGCCUGGAAUGUCCUGGAGGAAUGCCUAGCAACAGAGAGGCAGGUGAAGGUCAUGAAGACCUACAGCAAGGCCGUAGUCUCGCAGCCUCACCCAGUAAUGGGUGCCAUGACUCCACAGAUACAGAGAGUGUUACUGAAGACCAUAACCACCAGCAACAUCAGCAUCAACGUAGCAGCACAAAACAAGAACGGCAGAGCCCAGGCCACGCCAAAGAGGACUGCCCUAACCCUGGACCCCCUUCUCUGCCAGCUAGCACACAACCAGUGCUGGUGUCAACGGGAACCCCCACCAAAGCCACUGCCAGCAGCCCAGCCAAAGAGACUGUCCGUGUGGUUGAUGGCGAGGGCCAAACGGUGCGCACAUACAAGUGUGAACACUGCCGCAUCUUGUUUCUCGACCAUGUUAUGUUCACCAUCCACAUGGGCUGCCAUGGAUUCAGAGACCCUUUUGAGUGCAACAUCUGUGGUUAUCAUAGUCAGGACCGGUAUGAGUUCUCGUCACAUAUUGUGCGGGGUGAGCACAAGGUUGGCUGAAUCAGUGUGGAUGGGGCUGAUGGGGUGGGUUUCUGCCUCUAAAUUAAGUACUGCACUUAACAUGUCUAUUUUUAGUACUCUUGUUGCACUGACUUCUGCAUAUUAGAAAUAGAGGUGUGCAGAAAAUGAAACAAAUUUACUGUCAGUUUUUUUUUCUUUUCAUCCCCUCUUCAGUGGAUCUUUUAAUGCAACUCAUACUAAACAUGGUCAUUAUACUUAAAUUUGCACUGUUGUUCCCAGAUUUAUGUAAAAAAAUGAUAACAGAUCUGAAUCUGAUGUUUACAUUCAUGCAUUGAGGACCUGUGAAUUGCAGGAAUCAGCUAAGGAUAGCUUUCCCGCUUGCAUUGAUUGGGUUUUAAAAUAUUUCCAAUGGGAAAAGUUCUGAACAACUUGUGUUUGUGAACAGUAACACUUAAGCCAUUUAUUUAUUUUGUUUUUCCUGCACAUCUCUAUUGAAAAGAAGCAAACUUGUUUUAAGCUAAUGCUGUUCUCUAUCCAAAAGUGCUGUAUAUAAUUAACAUGUAUCUGUUCGUAGAGCUCCACCUGCUGGACAGGAUUCAUCAUUUCCGGACAAGUACAAACGUAUUGCCCCAUCUGAGAAGCGAGUUUGUUUUAAAAGUUUGCCGUGUUUAAUUACUUAAUUUAAAAUAUUUUAAAACGGUUCUUAAAAUCUGUAAGGGUGCAAAUCAGAGGUUUAUUUUUCAAGUUUGUGAUUUCUGCUUUUAAUUCCGCUUCUUGCGCCAUAGCUGGGGCACAUUCUCACUUGCCUACACUCACACCUAACUGUUUUUUAGGUUUUCAAGAUACAGUACUGGUUACACUUUUCAUUUUAGCACAAAACACCUUGACUUACAUAUAACAAAACCAAAAAAAGUAGGGAAGUGGUCCAAGAAAAGGCAAACGGGAAGAAAAGAUGACUUGUGGUCUCUUGUGAACAUUCUUUUUCUAUGAAGUAGUUUUACUAAAGGGGGAAAAAGGCCUUUGCUGCAACUGGCUAUUUUCUAGCUGCUGUUAAUUGUAAUUCUGAUUAUAAAUGUGUUCUAUUUUGCUUUUUUUUUUUUUACACAUUCAGAUUGUUAAAGUUGGAGAACGGGCAGACUUUACAGGGAUACUGCUAUCCUACUAAGAGAGCAGUGCACACAUUUUUCCUUAUUUUUUGGAGGGAGGCAGAGACCCUCCACUGUAGGAUGUCUGCUUGUUCAGAAGGAGCUUUAAUUCUCUGUCUACAGAGUGUUGCUCUGGGGUUUGUCUUAAUGUUUCAGGAAUGUUGCUGCAUUUUAUCAAGCCCUCAAAUUCUAAGCUUUAAAUGGCACUGUAUUUAAUUUAACUUAUAUUGUGCUGGAUUUUGAUUUAAAAAAAACAAAUGAAGAAAUAACAGCUCCCUGCCCUGAUCUGCCUCCUCCGACUGAGGACAAAAGAAGGCUCUGAUGCUCUUCUAGGACAGAGGUACUCUGUUGAGUUGAUCAAAUCAAGCAAAGUGCUGAACUUGGGGGCUUUUAUUGGGGGUGGGAUUAUGUUUUAUAUAUUUAUUAAAAAAGUGAAUUAACUAUUUCGUUUAAAAAAAAUAAAAUACCAUAUUUUUAAUAAAGAUGAACUAAGCACUUUUCCAUUAUCUUGUAAGACUGGUGGCCAUGUUGGGUAGUUCUGAAAUAUUAUCAUACCACAGAAAGCAGAGGGGAAGGGAGUUAUGGUACUAAAUCCAACCCUGUAGUAGCUGUAGGAAAUUAAAAAAAUAAAUAACACUUAAAUGUACUAAAUAAGCAUAAUGCAUGCCAAGGGGAUAAGAGUGUCUUGAGCUGAAGUGUUUCCAGCAGCCAUUUGGCCUCAUUCUGUCUUCAGUGAUGAGUGAUGACUCUCGUGGUACUUUACACUUGUUUAAUAACAGAGAACUUCUUAAUAUUUGUUCAAUAGAAUCAUUUAUUAAAGUUCAGAUCCUCUCAGUUCAAAGAGAAAAAAUACAGAAGUGAUGGCAGCUGCAGAUACUGUUAGAGCGAAGCUCCUUAGCCCAUAGUGAACAGAAGAGAAGGAAAAAAAUUGCUGCCAAGUGCCAAUGUUACAUAAAAUGGUAAUAUUUUCACAAAGUGAAAGAAAAGCACUUUUGCAUUUGAAAGUGCAGAAUGAAAGUAAAAGCCAAGGUUUGAGCGAAGAGAGUAAUUCUUGCACUCUAAUCAUAUGUUGACUAAACUUGGUGUGGCCGGCAGCCUAUCGAUCUGCUGUGUUGAAUGGUUGGCAUGUCUUUCUGUAGGAAGUCAUUAAGUUGCAGGUUUCAGAGCUGGAGCGAGUUACAUUUCUUUGGGCACUGUUGACGUGACUUCAUAGCAGAACCUCAUGUACACACAGACAGAUGACUGCUGCUACACCGUCAUGUCAUCAGUUCAGUGCCGGGAGCUUUAGGUUGGCUUAUUAUUGGCUGCCUAGCGUGGUACCUCCAUGGUGUCGUCUGACUUACGCUGUCCUACUUGCUGCUUUACGUCAUACACUGAGGUCCUAUGAAUGACUCAGUCAUGGGUGCUUUACAAAGAGGCAGAAGUUCCAACUUUGUUUAUAGAAGCUAAACCUAAACCUCCUGUGCUGUUUUAUACACUCUUGCCACUUUGUCCCAUUAUUGGGUUAAAAUAUUUUCAAUACAUGUCAUAAUUCACCUUGUUGUUUGUUUUUUAUCUUUCUAAUUGAAAUAUGCAUUUUUCAGACAUCUGACCUGGGUUGCUUUUAGCAUUGUUCAUUUUUGCGAGAUUAAAAAAAAAACAUUUAUAUGAUUGAGUGUAAAAGUACUGAAAGAAUGCAAGGAGGUGAAUUUAAAUGGACUCUGAAACAUACACAUGGACCUCAGUUAUUUAAAUAGCUCCAGUUUGUUCAGACCAUUGGCCAGGUUUGGGUGACACUUGGGACAGCAUGGCUGCCACUUAGUGACCUCACUUGAAAAUGUUUCUUUUUCCUGCUGAUGACACUGUGUGAAGAAAGCUUUCAUUUAUAGUUGUAAAGGUCUGCAUAUAUUAGGGGGCUUUAAGAUAGUAGUAUUGGUCUGACUGCUCAGGAGCCAGUUUCAGUGUCUGUUUCAUUGGCCUGAUUGUUGAGUAGCCAGCUUUCAUGGUCAUUGAUCGAGCUGUCACUUCAAUGUUGGUUAGUAAUAAUGCCAGAAAUGUGGGGAAUGGGCUUUGAUUAUAAGGUCCCUACCACCCUCAACUCAAGUGUAGUUUUUUCUGAAGAAGCAGUCCAAGUUUUCAGAGGAAAUUUUGAUGGACACGCAAGAAAACAUAUUGGUCUGAGGAGAUGAACUCAUCUUUCCACUUUUCUAUAUUUAGCAUUUUGGGGAGGUCACAUCCCCGCGUGCAGGCUGCUAUUAAAACACCCCAGGGAGAUGAUGGGAGUCUACCAGUUGCAGACCAUUGCAGCUUAGCAGGGUCGAGUGGUUCAUCUGUUAUAAAAGAUCUGGAAUGAAAAACAGUUGCCUCUACAGCCUUUCAACCAAAACCCAACCUUUCAAGGGUUUUUUGGGAUGUCAAGGUUCUUGGAUGGUAUUUCUAGGACCUUUUCACACUCUUUGGGGAGAAUUGUGGGGUUUUUUUUUUGGGGGGGGGGAGUGGGGAGUGAAGUCCCCGGCAUUUGUUCCACAGGUAUUUAGAGACCUGGCCUAAAACAGAAGUAUAUUUGUUACGUUACUUAAUGAAGAAUUGAAGUUUGUAAUGUUUUUCUAACAUCUUAUACUGAAUGGGGCUCAGCUCCCAAACGGGGGGUCCCUGACGACGUUUAAACCUUUUCUAUUCCAGUCUUAGCACAUCCUUGUACAGAAACUGUUUUUAUUUUUUCUUUUGUUACUAAUGUAUACAAUUCCAAAGUGCAAUAUGCCUUUUCCCUUCCCUGCACUCUUGAUUUUAACCUUUGUCUGAAAAUGUUUCAAUUUGUACACUUUGUUCUGGAUUGCUAGUGUCUUUGCGUUUUACUUAUUUUUCCUGUGAACGGUAUGAAUCGCUUUAAAAAAAAAAUUCUACUGCAGAGCCUUUGUUUCUGUAUAAUAAUGUAAUUAGAUAUAUUUGUGUAAUGGAGAUAACUACUGUAAGUUUUGUACUGUAUUGGCGGAAGGUCUAUUAUAAAUAAAAACAAUGAAAUUUAGCAGACUUGUAAUGCGUUUUACAAAUACAAGAACUACAAAAUACAAUAAGUGGUCCCUUA